AUGGGUUAUCCGGAAUAUUCAAGGCCAGCUGCUGCACCACCCCAGCAACAAGCUUAUUCAAGACCUGCUGCUGCUCCACCACCACCACAACAACAACAAAAUAACUAUCAACAACGUCCCGCCCAACAACCUAUUUAUGUCCAACAACCUGCUCCAACGAAUAAUAACGAUGAUUGUUUAACUGGAUGUUUGGCUGCCAUGUGUGUUUGUUGUACUUUAGAUAUGUUAUUUUGA